CCCGGAAACCGAUAGUUUUAGGCAGCAGAACGAAGUUGAAUGAAGUUUAAUUUGAGUGACCAGUGACAUGAGCGAAUAGUUUGCAGAUAUUUUUAUUUAUAUUGAUUAUUUAAUAUGAAAUUUUAAUUUCUAACGCGUCUAUGUAUUCAUUAGCCCACCACGUUCUCUUAAAUGUUAAUGUUAGCAUACAGUGAAGGCGGAAAAGGACGGCUUCUGUGUUGAAGUAAUGUUUGCAUCGUGGAUUCAUUUUUUGGAUGAAAAAUUAUUGCGAUGAAUAAGAUUUAGCUGCCUAAAAGUAAUUCUACUUAUGAGGUGUAUACAUUAGAUGCGACCUGAGACAUGGACCCAGAUACCGAAGUGGAAAGCAUCCUUAGGCAGGAGAAUGAGGUGAAGUGGAAGAGGCCACCCUCCAGCUAUGGUUCAAUGAGAAGCGACAAUGAGGAGAUGCAGGAUGAGUCAACAGAAGAAGAGGUUGCUGUAGUAUUACCUGCUCCAACGACUGCUCAUGAGGCGACAGGGUUGCAGCUGCUUCGCUCCGAGUCUCCAGAGACUCUCUACACUAUGACUACACAACAGCAGCCACCGGAAGCUGCUCUCAUUGACACCAGGUCUUCUGAUCUGGGGGAUCAUGAAGAAGAUGAGGAGGAGGAGGAGGAUAUGUACGAAGAGGAAGGAGUUAAUUCUCCAGAACCACCUGAGCCUUUUGAGCCAGACGACACAAUGCAGACUGAUGAGAAUUGCCAGCCAGGCAGACUACACCCAGAGCAAGACCUGCCUCAUAUAUUUAAAAGUAUCCAGAAUAGUCUGACGGGCCUCACCAGUGAAGAGCUGUUCAAAUUUAGGAUGUUGUUUUCACAAUGGGAACCGGGCAUAAAGCAUGAACAAGUGAUGGAGGGAGACCUUCUUGAUUUUGUGGACAGGAUACUGGAGAUCCUUGGCCAGGAUCGUUCCCUGAUGCACACAAUAGGUACUCUAGAAAGCAUGAACAAGGACGAACAGGCAGGUGAACUACGGAAUGGAUGCAAGAGAGCUUUGGUUCGUGCUCAUCUGAAGCAGCAUUUGAUCAGAAAACACCAAGUCAUCCGAGAGGGGGUCGUUCGAGCUGGAAAGCACAAUCUUCUGAACACUAUCUACGUUGAGCCCCAGAUUUCCACCUGUGGUUACGGAGGAGUUGACCCCUCCCAUGAGUUCCGGUCACACUCUCUGUCGCCUCUCCAGGUCCCCAGUGCCGACACCUUUGUGAGUUUGAACAAUUUGUUCCGACUACAGAAGGAUGACGGCAAGCCAGUGAGGACUGUGCUGACCACUGGGAUUCCAGGAAUUGGCAUGACCGUCUCUGUGGGUAAAUUCUCCCUGGACUGGGCAGAACUGCGCGCCAAUAAGGAUCUGCAGUUUGUCAUCAAACUUUCCUUUCGCACUUUCCGGUUUCUGAGAAAAAAACCCCUUCCUGAUUCUCAAAAGAUGUCCAUCAUGGAAGUGAUAGAAUAUUAUUACCCUGAGUUCAAAGAUGUGAAAUACCUGGAGGAAGAGGAUUGUAAAUUUCUCAUCAUAAUGGAUUCCUUUGAUUGUUAUCAAGCUGCUCUGGACUGGGAGAAUACUCCAGUUAUAAAUGACAAUUACACCAAAGCACAUCCUGACGUCCUGAUUGUGAACAUCUUCCGUGGUACUGUGCUUCGUGGUGCCCGCAUCUGGAUCCUGGGGAGACGGGCAGCUGUCUCACAAAUCCCAUCCCAAUUUAUAGACGUGGUCACAGAAAUACAGGGCUUUAGUGAUGAGAUGAAAGAUGACUAUCUGACAAGGCGCUUUAGCAAUGCGCAGCGAGCAGCGGACAUUGUCGCACAUUAUAAACGCCUGCCGACACUCAGAAUGCUCGCUCGCCAGCCCUUUGUCUGCUGGAUGGUGGCCACCGUGUUUGAGCGCUGCUACUGUUAUGAGGGCUACGGGGUGCACCCCCCCAGGCUGACGCCCUUCUACAUCAACAUCCUGGUUGUCCAGAUCAAUCGCAGGCUGCAGUUCUACUAUGGAAAGAGCGAAAAUGACCUGAAAUGGUCCAAUGAGGACAAGGUCCUGCUGACAAAGAUGGGGAAGAUGGCCCUAAAGAUGCUGGAGAGGAAUACCAGUGUGUUCUUUGAAGAGGACGUGAAGCAGUACGGUCUGGAGUUGACGGACGUGACUGUGUUUUCCGGCCUGUGCACUGAGCUCCGCACUGCAGCCUCAGAUGGGAGGAGGACGUUCUGCUUUGUACACUUCACCUUUCAGGAGUUCAUGGCCGCUUUGUACGUCUUCACAAAGUUCCACACCGAGUCUAAGAACGUUCUGGACUCAAGAUCCACGCACACGCCCGACUACUUCACAUCCACAUAUCCGACCAAAUCAGCUGCGGGGCUGGUCCAGUGUGCCUUAGUGCGCACUUUCAGCUCCUCGCUAGGCCACUAUGAAAUGUUCUUGCGCUUUCUGUGUGGCUUGCUUUCCCCGCACUGCCAUUACAGUCAACUGACUGGGUACCUGUACCGCCACAACACUCCAAAGGUGGAUGGACUGGAUGAGGUGCGGCGGCUGCUGGAGCAGCAGAUACAGACAGCUCCAGGGGCCAGAGUGGAAAACUUAAAGGAGUGCCUUAGAGAGAUGAUCCAGGAAGAUGAGUGAGUCGGGGUAAGACUAAUAGUGUCAGUGUCACUUUAUAUGGAUAUGAUGGAUAAAAGAGAAGCACCGCCUGUUUUGUCAUAGUUCCAGUUUCUAUCUCAUCAUGUUGACUUUUUCAAGUCUGGUGUUUUGGCUUUGAUAAUAUUACAUUUUCACACAUUAAAUCAUGUUUGUCUUGGCAUCAGUAAUGUUACUGCUGCACCAGACAAAAUAAAAUGUCAAGGAUGCAGUGGAGUUUACGCAAUAGUAGAUUAUGUUUGUCGUGUCUUCCAAUGAGCACUAAUGAAAAUGCAUCCUCACAGUGGAUUUGUGCAAUGGACAUUAUUUUUGUUCACGUGUGGCCUUUUCUCCUGAAAAAAAAAAAAAAUUCAAAAUUUGUGAAAUGUAAAUUUAAUGAGCAAGAAUCAAAUGAUGUGAUCAGAUUUACAGGAAUCUGACUGCCUUGAUUGAUGGGACACCUCAUGUUAUAUUGCAGUGUGAAAAACAUAUGUCUAAGUGUUAAUAUGCAGGUGAAACCAUGAAAGGCAUUGCUAGUGCCAGCACAUCACUUGACUGUUUUUCUUGUCAGAGGAAACAAGCCACAUGGCCACAAGGAGGAGUGCUCACAUUAUAAUUGUUGUGUCAUUUAGUGAAGUUUUGUUUAGGUUAUAAAUGGAAUCUGGAUUAAGAGUAAUGGUGCGUGUGAAUGAUAAACCUUUUUUUUUUUAAUAUAGGUUUAGCUUUAAAUUAUACUCUGUAUGCACAUGGGAUUGUUUAUGUGACCUUGGGCUCGUGAUCUUUUCUACUUGCUAGAUGCAUAAAUCUGUUCUUCAGUCUACCUUUACUGCUCCAGUUCCUCAAUACAAAAUAGAUUUUGUCAUACUGGA